AUGCGUGUCGCGGCUGUCGCCAAGACCAUGGCGGAGCGGGACGAGUUCCUACCGGACGUGCGCUACCGGCUUGAGCAGGCGCAGACCACUCAGAAGCGCCACUAUGACAAGCAACACCGCGCCGUCUCCUACAAGCUCGGCGACUGGGUUCUACUUCGCCUCCGCCACCGCCCAGUCGCUUCGCUGGAUGUCGUCGCCACCGCGAAGCUGAAGCCGCGCUACUUCGGUCCCUACCGCAUCGUGGAAGUGAUCAACGACGUCGCCGUUCGCCUAGAGCUGCCCCCGCGCGCCCGUCUUCAUGACGUGUUCCAUGUUAGCCUCCUUAAGCCAUGGGUGGGAGCUCCUCCGACUACACGGCCGCCCCUACCCGUCGUCCACAACGGUGCCACGGUGCCGGAAUCCGAGCACGUCGUCAAGGCUUGCCUCGCACGCGGCGUGCGUUAG